AUGAGCGACAACACUAGCCAGCAGCGGGCGGACCUGUUCAAGUUCUCCGAGCCGGGUACCUUUAGGAUUGUCAAGAUUUUUGUGACAGAGUCCCACCUUGCACAAUAUUCGAAAGUCUCGGGACUGAGCGAGGAGCAGCUCAUGGAGCUGCUCGAGGCGCUGCAGGCUGUAGUCAAGACGGGCAAGUUUGCCGACCUGAAAGCAGUGAUGGCGACAAUGACGCGUGAGGAAAGGAACAAGAUCUACGCUUGUUUUAAAGAGGCCGACCGCAAGCUCAUUGCCGGCUUCUCUGUGAUGCCCUUGCCGCCGGGCGCCGAGGCCGUGGCGAUGCGGGUUCUACACGCCCAGCUGGCCGAGGACCACGCCAAGCGCCGCCAGCAUCUUCAUAAACAGAGGCAGGACCUUGCAAAGAGAGAGGACCUUCUGGGGGCCGAGGCGUCGAGCCUUGAAGACACGUUGGACUAUGUUUGCGGCAAGUUUAUUGGCCUCAAGAUCAGGGACAGAGAGGACCUCGAGGAGCUCUUGGCGGCUCUUGGCGCGACGGACCCGAAGAUGGAAGACCUUGUGAAGCGAAAGGAUGACAUGGUCAAGCGAAGGGACGGGUAUGACGCGGAGACGGAGGGCUUGGAGAUGAAGCUCCGCGAUCUCGAGCGGGAGAGUGAGAAGAUUGGCAAGGAGAUGGAAGAAUUUAAUUACGAGAUGAGGGAUCUCACCAAAAAAACGGCAGAGCUUGACCAGGAGGGAGAGUAUCUUCGCCUGGCGGAGGAGCAGAUGACCAAGGCGUAUGCCAAGAAGAAAGAGAGAGAAAGAAGCAACAGCAGCAGCAGCAGCAAAACGGUCUAG